AUGUUAUUCUACACAGUCCUUAAACACUACCUUCCAACCGCCCUUUGGAUUUCUAGUUGCUUCUGCAUAAUCCCCUCGGUAUACAUUUCUUGGAAAUGCGGUCUUUGUCGUGCCAUAGCUGCCUAUCUCAUCGUAUUGUCAGUAGUGGAUAUAAUAACAGGAUUUUUGCUUGCCUUUCUUUCUCUGGAUCACUUUAUUCUCCGAUUCAUUCCAGGUGAAGAUGCCCAUUAUGUUUACAGCCUAAUUGAAGAUAUAUUUUGUGAAAUUAUUGAUAUUCUUCUACUCAUCUCCAAUUGGCUCACAGUUGCAGUAGCUGUGGAACGAUACUUGGCAGUUUGUUUUCCAUUAAGUGUAAGAUUCGUGACUCAUCGAUUCAGAAAGCGUAUUGUUCAUUCAAUCAUCUUAUUAUCGAUCUUUCUGCAAUUUCCAUCACUAGCCAAAUACUUUACACUCUUUCACUCACUUUAUAAAUUUCUCGCAUUUUUCAAUCUCUGGUUCACUCGAGUAUUUGCUCUCCUUGUUAUCCCCUGUUCCAUUUUGAUUUUCGUCACAACAAGGCUAAUUCAAGCUAUUCGGUCGUCAUUCAUCCUAAAGCAUGGGGGUGUGUCCUUAGAUUGCUCCAGUAGUGAUGACUGCAUCUCGGUUUGCAAAUGGAAUAUCUCAAAUUCAACCCGUCUAACAGUAGCUUUUACCCUGAAUGGACCUUUAGCUAGAGAACGAAGCAGACAUGCAACCAAGGAGGAGAGAGCGAUCACCCUCAACUUGAUCAGUUUGAUCAUUGUCUUCUUCAUUUGCCAAGUACCGUUCAUCUUACUCUCUGUAGCCUUUAGACUCUUUGAUCCUGAGACUGCUUCGUUCCGGGGUUUCGAUUUAGCCCUUUACUAUGAACCCAAUCAAUGGAACGAGGAGGUUGUUAAUCAAACGGCCAUUUCAUUGCCACUGUUUACGGUGAAUACUUCUGCAAAUGCCGUGACACCGGUCUUUGACACUACCCUAACGUACAUUCGAGCCUUCUCGGUCCUCUUUCUAAUGCUAAAAGGUGACCUUUACUUCCUCUUUUACUGCUGGUUAUGUAAUAACUUCUUUAAAGCUGUCAAAACAUUCCUACGUAUUUGA